AUGAGCUCGUCGUCGUCGUCCACGACGCCGACCCCGGAGACGGGCUCCUCGCACAUCUCCGCGAACGCCUCGAUCGCGGGCGUCGUCGGCUUCACCGUGACCAAGCCGAGGGGCUUUUCUUUGCACAGCCCGAGCGUCUUGAUCGACGUCUUUCCGAUCCCGCCGAGCGCGUCCACCUUGCUCGUGAGGUACCUGACGACGUCGGACAUGCUCACGACGCGCACGAUCUCGCCACUCUCGUCGAAGAUGGCGAUCCGGGUUUUCAUCCACGACAGGACGUUGCGGCACGGCGGCCGCGGCUUCGCGCCGUCCGCGGCGUCGUCCGCGGGGAGCUGUCUCGCGAGCGCGCGCGACGCGUCGGCGACGUCGAAGAACCCCAGGAGCGUCGCGGGCUCGACGCGCGCGUCCGGGUCCGCGCCGUACGCCCUGCGAUGGUUCAUGCAGUCCGCGUCCAGGACGUCCGGUUGGAUCAUCACCGGCGCGGAGAGGAUCCUGUGGCGGCUCAGCUUCGCGAGCGCGUCGCCGACGGUGUCGUUGUGGUUCAGAGUGACCACGCGCACCGCGUGCUUCCCGCCGCCGACGAAGCGCGCGCCGCCCGGGCCGCCGCCCGGGUGCCGCCGGUGCGGCGGGAGCGGGAGCGACGCGAGAUCGUCGAGGACGACGUCGAAGUGGACGGAGAGGACGUCGCGGAUCGCCGCGGACGCGGUGGACGGGAGGGACAUCGCCGCGCGCGCGUUCGGUUCUGCCGUCGGCCGGCGUCGUUGCUCGAGCGCUCCGUUCUUUUCGCUCGCGUCGUCCGAGAAGGCACGAGAGGAAAAACUAAGACACCACAACGCGAGACCCGCGCGCGGCCGCCUCGCGGACGACCAACGCGAGGCGCGGGUCCGCUUCAAAUCCCGCGGCGCGAAGAAGACGCAGACGCAGAUGAUGACGCGCGCGCGCGGUCGUCGUCGGCGACUCGGCGCCGACGCGGCGGCGGCGGCGAUGGACGUGGACGUGGACGCCGCCGCGAUGGGCGCGCGCGACGGCCAUCACGGGGAGACCGCGACGUCGACGUCGACGUCGUGGGGCGACCUCCCGACGGACGCGCGAGCUCGCGUGAUCAGCCACCUCGCACCGCACGACAUGAUCGUCGCGGCCGCGGCGGUGGGCGACCGCGUCGCCGAGCUCGCGGCGUCCAUCGCGACGACGGAGACGCUGUUCGACGCCGAGAUUCCGCUCCUCGCGCGGCGCAUCUCGAAGGACGCCGUCGCGCUUUUGCCAGGGGAGACGUGGCUGUCGUGUUGGGCCGCGGUCUCCGCGGUGUUCCAAGGGAUCGUCACCAAGCCCGGGGAGGCGCGCGCGGUCCCGGACCGAACGAGCCGUCGCCACCGACAAAACGCGGGCGCCAACGCCGCGGCGUUGUCCGUCGCUUUGGCAUUUCUCUUUAGCGACGAUGCGCGCGUCGCCGACGACAGCGGCGCGCGACAGACGGACUGGAUCUCCUGGUUCGUGCCCGCGUACGCACAUCACUUGAUGAAGAUCAUGACCUCGGAUUAUGACGACUGGGAAAAGUCGGCGCGUGAACAGGAAGAGAUAUUGAAACAAGCGGCGGUGAUGAAACAAGCGAAGUCGCGAGUCCGCGUCGUCGCGAGGCGGCUCGCGAGGGAAGGCCUCUUCGACGCCGCCGCGGAGAUCCUCCUGAGCGCGCGCUUGCAUCCCCUUUUCCCAAGCUUCAUGCGCGACAUGCGCGACGAGCGCGGCGACGACGACGCGGACCGCGUGGACAUCUCGACGUACCUCGUCGAUCGUCUGUACGCCAGCACGUACGUGAGAGACGACGGGGACGACGCCCGCGAUUUGGUUUUGGCGACGGCGUUCAGCGCUCGAGCGGUGGCCAACGCGCAGUCGCGCAUGCCCGGGUAUAGUCCCGGGUAUCCCGCCGGCAGUCCGAGAGAAAAAGAAAGAGAAAAAAGAAAGUUGAAAGAGCUCGGGCGCGCGCUGCGAGCGCACGCGCGCGCGCUCGCGCUCGCGGCGCAACACGUCGCGAUCGGGGCGAUGGACGAAUACGAGUUCAAGCGAAUGCCGUGGUCGCCGUUGGGCGUCUGGCCGGAAUAUCGCGACCCGGUCAGGUUCGGCGGCGACGACGCGGACGUAGUCCAGAAUGAGAGGAAACUGAACGAGAUACUCGGUCCUAUCCUACGGAUGGACGACGCCGCCAUCGCGGAGAGAGUCGCGGCGGGACCGAACGAGGACGAAGACUCGGAAGACUUUGACGUUCGGCCGCUGUGUCGUGGACAAAUUUUAGCCGAGCAUUCCACGAGCGAAAGGCCGCGACAACAUUUUGAGUGGGGGAGGUGGGAAACGCAGUACGUGCGAUUUUACGAAGCGUCCGCCGCGGCGGCGAACGCGCGCCUCGCGUGGAAACUUGUGGGGGACGAGAGAGAAAUCGCGAUCGCCAUCGCCGUGCAGGCUGAGGUGGCGUACUGCGAAGCGUGCGCUCAGGUUCGCGUCUACGGAGGAGUGCACGGGCAUCAAACCUCGGCAGGCAUCAUCAUCGUCUUGUUGACCGUCGCGACCGCGACGACGCUCUUUCGCAAGGCUUUGAGACGGUUCGAAGCCGCCGGCCUCGGCGAUAGCGUCGACGCGGCGACGGCGACGAAAGAUCUCGGGAAGACGCUGAGCUUCGCGGGGCAUAUUCUCGAGCAGCUCCAGCCGCGCGUCGCCGCGUUCGCGUUUCGACGCGAUCCGACGGAAUGGAACGCGUCAGAGGAAGCGAACCAGCUCUCGACGCGCGCGAAAACGUUGUUCGAGAACGCGCUCGGGGCGACGCAUCCGAUGACGCUGAACGCGCGGCGGCUCUGCGGCGAGAGCGUCGCCGAGGACGACGACCCGAACGUCAAGGCCGGGGACGUCGCGAGGGACAUCGCCGCGAAGCAGAUGUGUAAUGGUCUCAAGCGGCGGGAUCAACGCGGGGACGCGAUCGACGGAGACGAGGAGGACGAGGUCGACGACGAAGACGAUUAUCAUAGCGCGCACACGACGUCCUCGCCCGAAGCGAGCGACGACGAAGAGUAG